CGCAAGUGCAACCGGAGUCUGCCCCGAAGCUUGUUUCUGCUGGUGCUGCGUUAACGCCACCUGUCCGCUCCCCCCCCCCUCCGUAUGUUUUCUCGUCACCCGUACCAACAAGCGCGUUUCAAGAUGCUCUUUGGAAAUCGACUCAUGAGCUGAACACUGUGGAGCCUGAGCCGCAUGCGAUUCGUAACAUCAUGAACCGCAAUUGGUCACUACACGACCAAGAGUUCCGCCGAACAAAAGCCUCAAUUUCGAGCAGCUUCGAGAAUAAUGAAGCUACACUGGCUAGCACGGAACUGGGGAGGGAACUUCUAGCCGACAUGAACGCUUCGCAAAGAGCGCUUGAGUCAAAACUGGAUGCGCUCCAGCUGGAACACCAUCGACAACGGCUCGAUCGAUUGGCCGAAGUACGAAGUAGAAAGCAGAACCUCCUCAACGGUGAUGACGGCCAAGGAAGGUCAAGUCGUCGUGGCGCCAUCACCAUGGGGGACAUGGCGAGGUCCGAUCUCGAGUUAGAUCAAAUAAUGGCUUCGCUAGUCAACGAAGACAUGACUAAUCCGGAUAUUCUUGCCCGAAAGAAUUUGGCUAAUGUUCCUGACAUGGUAUCAGUCACUGAUCCCAAGGCUCUGCGGUGUCAAUAUAUCGACAAUAAUGGGUUGGUUCUAGACCCGGUUGCAUUCGCGGACAGUACUCAAGAUGUUGGAGAUUGGUCCUUUGCUGAACGGGAGAUUUUUAUACGAGCGUACCUUGCUACCCCCAAGCAAUUUGGAAGGAUAGCUGAACAACUGCCUCAUAAAACUAGGGAACAAUGUGUCUUGUUUUAUUACCUCAACAAACACUCCAUAAACUUCAAGGGCCUUAUCGCAAAGCAGAAUGGAGGCAGAGGGAGGCGAGGCGGGCGGAGACCGGGUAGGCAGAAAACUAGCGCACUUCUCAAGGAUCUCCGACGCCCCCAGGAUGAUUAUGAUGAUGCCUCCCCCGCUGAUUCAUCUCCUGCCCCUCCAUCUGAGAGCGAUGCAGGACCCUCUCGACUUCGAAGAGAAACGGAACCUCGAAAAGCCGCGCUCAUUUCCUACCAACAGAUAUCCACGGACUCUGACAUUGAUUCCGAUGAUAGCCAGUUAGCUCGCAAACCAGGAAGGGGACGCACAAAGGCCACCGAAACUGACCUCGAUCCUACUUUCACCGGGAAGUCACGGCCGAAGCCCAAGUCUGGCAAAGGAUCUUCGACCCAAUGGACAGCUGUUGAAAAGAAUAUAUUCAUGACUCUGUUACCGAAAUAUGGGAAAAAUUGGGCGUUGAUCGCAGACUCACUACCCGACAAAACGCCGAUGCAAGUUCGCAAUUACUUCCAGAACCAUUCUGUGGAGCUUGGGCUUCCUGCGAUUGCGGCCCGGGCUGAGAAACCGCCUCGUGGUGCUGGUAACCCUAAUAAGAUAAUCAAGCCAGACGAAUCUGCGCCCAAUACUUCGCCCCUCCCCAACGCGUACGACCCACCAGUGUAUCCUGUUGUGUCAGUUCAACCCCAACGAUCCUUCACGGGCAAUCCUAAUCCAACCGACUCCAGGCGCGACGCAGUUAAUGGCUCGUUCCAAUCGCACUACGUUCAACCAGAAAAACCGGCAAAAGACAUAUUCAUUCAACAACGUAUUCCCUCCCAACCGUCGUCGUGAUUUAUUUCGAUCAAUCAACAUUCACAAUCGUUCCGGUGUCGACGCCCCACGUCUAUCGUUAUUCCAUAACUACAUGAAUUUUAACCAGGUACUGAUACCCCUCGCCAUGUGUAUUCUCUCCUCGAUGGUGCAUAUAUUCCUACAAUAGAAAGGCAUCG